ACUACCUUAAACAUGUGGGCCAGGCCAGGAGGUCACAGGUUGUUCUGGCUAAGAGUGUUCGCUAGCUAGUCAAAUAGCGGUGAGGGCGGACGGCACCCUGAACAAAACUUGAACCCCACAUCUCCGCUGUCUGUUCUUCCCUACACCAAUCAUCUUCACCUAGUGUUUUGUUUUUUCUUUUGUUGUUGUUGUUUUUUCUCUCUCCAUCAGUGUUAAAAGUUGAGAUCUAAUUUUAAAAAAUAUAUAUAUUCUUUUUACUGUAAGUUUUAUGUGUAUGCUACUUUCACUUUGUUGAUGUCGGCUUGGAGUGGAUACCGUUGCUAUGCACAUUCCUACGGGUACAGAAAUAAUCACACAUUGUGGUUGUAAAAGAUAUCUUUUCUCUUUCACGUAAAAGUGAAUACAGAAAUUAAAUGCGUGUGGGCACGUCGUGGAGAGAGACAUGUACACGCCUACCUCAAGCUGAGGGGAAAUAACUACAACAGAUCUUAGGACAAAUUUAUCUCCCGUGCUUCACACUCGAAGUGAGGUUAAAAAUAAAAAUACGCUUUUCGACAUUUGAACCAAACGUAAGGACGAGUUCAGGACAUCGUUUUGUCGAGCGUACAAUCGUACAAUAAGUAGCCAAACUUAAACACCUCCACAGUGUAUAAUAGCCUGCUCCCUCUCUCUGUUUCUCGACAGGGGUGAGAACAAAUAAAUUGCGAGAGAGCUAGAAGACUACGAUUCACGGUAAAAAUGUCAGGAGUUCACGACGUCAUUUCUGUAGAGUCUCUUCUGUCAGGAUGACUAGAUCUACCAUUGUUGAGUUGGUGGUUUGGACCAAAGACUGAAACAUGUUCUAGUUUUGUUUUCAGGCAGGACUGGAUUUAUUUAUUCAUGGAUACAUAAAGGAUUAUCUUUCUACUUAACUAUCACGAUGAACAACACAACCUUAACAGACUACCCUGCUACUCAAAUCAUAGACCAGUACGUCACGCCGGUCAUUGUGAUUAUUGGUCUCCCUGGAAACAUCUUAUCCCUGAUUAUCUGGAUGCAAAAGCGCAUGAGACACUCUUCUGGAUACUACCUUGCUGCCUUGGCCCUGGACGAUCUGAUCUUCCUGCUUCUGUCCAUUGUAUUUGAAAUCCACAACACAUGGCAUAUCAAAAUACUGGACGUCCCGGUUUUAUGUGAGGCCUUCCCCGUCGUAUUUCUUCCGACUCAAUAUCUGUCUCCGUUCUUUGUGCUGGCGUUCACCACGGAGCGUUACAUAUCCAUCUGUCACCCUUUCAAAAGGGAAAAGUACUGCACAAUAAAGCGCGCGAAGAUCGUCAUCAUCAGCCUUAUCGUUUUCGUGCUGUGCCUCUGCUCGCCCAUGGGCUACUUCUUCACGAUGGCAGAGGAUUGUACUCUAAGGGAAACUGUGCUCGACGGCUACCCAAAGUCUGUUUACAACAUUUACACCCUCACGAUGGAUUUAUUCUGUUUCUUCUUGGUUCCAAUGACUGUCUUGGUCAUGAACAUCCUCGUGAUUGUCGAACUUCGGCGCCUGACGCGGAUGGAGUCUGCACAGCUGCACGGCUCGCCGCAGAGAACCGCUGCAACAACUGUGACACUGCUGGCUGUUUCUUUCUACCAGAUUUUUACGACUCUUCCCGUUUCCAUUGUCUACACUCUGUACAUGGAGUUCGUUGUAGAAGAGGGUGAAACUGACCCAAUUAUCUUGAAGAGACACUAUACGUACAAUUUGGUCAUGGCUAUCAUAAAAGAGUACGGCAUCACGCAUUACGCCUUCAACUUCCUCAUCUACAUCAUCACGGGGAAGAUGUUUAGACAGGAGUUGAGGCGGCUCCUCCUCAGGCCGUUUAGCAAACUCGGCCUGACCUUGACACGAGACUAUACCAGCCUGACAGGGAGCACCAGGGUCGCGAACGAAUCCAGUAGAAAGUGGGUCUCCACCAAUGGCAACCACAAGGAGCCGAAGAGUGUUGCUGAUGAGACUUUGCUUUAGCGUGACCUCCUUAGGGUUCUGAACUCAAUUUACAACAUAGUAUUUGAACAUGAAAUGUGCCAAAUAGUCCUCCAACGUCAGCCAUUGGUCUAAUUCUUAUUCUUUCUUUCUUGUUGCUUGUACUUUUUGUUUUUGUUCAGUGAUACGACAGAAAGUUCUAAUAUGCAAAACCCGGAACCGCCUACAAGUUUGAACACUGAUGCUUUCCAGAGAGGAACAAUAAUCUUUUUGUUUUUGUCGCCUUAUGUAUUACAUUCAUUCAUUGUGAUGGGUGACACAAUCGUAGGAACUGUUUUAUCGUUGUAAACAGACUAUGUGUAAUAACUUAUCCAGACAGCGAUAACUACUGUUUUAAUUCUCAAAAAAAAUAUUGAUUACUAGUUAAUGGUAAUUUAAGAAUUCUCGGUUAAAAAUUCAAAUCCAAUAGAUCCCUUCCCUAAAUCAUCACGUCUUUUUUUUUUGUUCUAAAACACCUGCUCUCAUUCCAUUUUGGUUUAUCUGGUGGCAUUACAUGUUACUAAAUAGUGUCAUGCACUAUGUCAAAUUGACUUGUAUAUCAAAAAGUAUAACUUAACCAUCGACCAAUUCCUCACUGAGACAGUGGUGAUUUGAAGUCACACUUUUUUUUGUUUUACUUGCUCGCCCUCCCCCCCCCCCCCCCCCGAAAUAAAACUUCGCACAGUUCAAAUUAACCAUUUGAUGUGCCAGCACCCACUCCACACAAUUAGACAUCUUACAGCAACGUAAAACAAAAUAUUAUUAACAUAUAAAAACUUCAUCCAGUUUUUGAUACUGUCCUAAGCCCAGGGGCGUAGCUAGGAAUUGUCCAUCGUUUGGGGUCCCUCUAGUUGCUUAAUAUUAGAUUUUCAAUGUAAAAAACACUCAUUUGGGGGCCCCACUCAAGUGGGGGCCCGGGGGGAUUUUCAAAUUAUCCCCCCUUCUCUCCCCACCCUAGCUACGCCACUGCCUAAGCCUUUUUAAUCGUUUGUUUUUUUGUGUAAUCUUUUCUAAUUUUUUCCAAUUUGGUCAAUCAAAAUUUAUAGUUUCAAGUCAAAUACUCAAGCCAAUAGUUCAAAUCAAUAACCAAUCAAGGCGCAUUAUUUCUAAAGUGCGAUGACAUCAAUAAAAACUAGUUACUAUUAUUUGAGUUGUUAGAUCGUACUGCAAUAUUUUAAUGGGCACUUGAACUCUAGAACUUUAUUGGUUCAAAGUUAUUUGAACUCACGUUGAUACUAUAAUUACUGGAUUAGUUUGUCAGUUAAACGACUCAUCAUAGAGUUAAGCUUCUUCCUAACUUUAAUAUGGGACUUAGUACAUAAUUUGAGUAAUUUGAGUGUCUACGGUAUAUAUUAGUGCACAAAAAUGUUGAACAAAACUAUUCCAAUAGAAAGGUUGUCAUUCGUAUAUAACUUAAGGGUCAUACCACUUCCUGCUCUCUUGAAUGUCCAUGAAUGUUAUGUGGACCAAAGUGCCCUGAGCUUGCUAAAAAUAAGAUGAUAGUAUUUCCAUUUGAACUAUCGUUUUCAUCUUGAUCAUGAUUGCAGUGUAUACGGGGGAUCUAUAUUGGGGGUCUAUAUUGGGGAUCUUCGUUUGUUGGUGUAACCUAGUUUGAGUUGAAUCAAUGGACCCCACAAAUGAGUUGAAUCAAUGGACCCCAUAGAUGAGUUGAAUCAAUGGACCCCACAGAUGAGUUGAAUCAAUGGA